AUAACUAUGAAUUGUUUUCAAUGAAAGAAACUGAAUCUAUUGUUGAGAUGAUCACUAGGUUCACUGAAAUUGUCAAUGGCCUUGAAGCAUUGGGAAGGGUCAUAAAUGAAUCCAAAAAGGUGAUGAAGAUAUUGAGGUCUCUCCCCUCAAAGUGGCAUACAAAGGUCACCGCUAUUAAAGAAGCUAAAGAUUUGACCAAGCUACCUAUGGAAGAACUCUUAGGGUCAUUAAUGACUUAUGAAAUCAGUUUGACAAAGCAACUACAAGAGAGUGAAGACAAAAAGAAGAAAAACAUAGCUCUCAAAGCUACAACCAAGGAAGAAGAAGAUGUUGAAGAAGAAAAACCAAGUGAAGAAGAUGAUGAUUUAGCUCUCAUCACAAGAAAGCUCAACAAGUACAUGAGAGGUGAAAGGUUUAGAGGGAAAAAGUUUACCUCUAGAAGAAAUCCCUCAAGAAGGGAAUCCUCAUCACAUGGUGACAAGGAAAAAUGGGAAGAGAAAGGAGAUUUGAUAUGCUUCAAAUGCAAAAAGCUGGGACACAUUAAAUAUGAUUGUCCUCUCUACAAAAUUGAAGCCAAGAGAAGAAUGAAGAAGGCAAUGAUGGCCACUUGGAGUGAGAGUGAAGAAUCUUCCGAGGAAGAAAAGGAGAAAGAAGUGGCAAACAUGUGCUUCAUGGCAAUAGAUGAUCUUGAUGAGGAAAACUCUAACUCUAGUGAUGAAGAUAUGCAUGUUAUUUUUGAAGAACUAUAUGAGGAUUUUGAAAAACUUAGUUUGAAAAAUAAUUCUCUUAAAAAGAGAAUUCAAGAACUUGAAAAAGAACUUGAGGAAGUGAAAGAAAAGUUUUCAAUU